AUGGUUUUGUUUAAACUUUGUUUUAUAAUUGUCUGUCUGUUUACAAUUACAAAGGAAGUCCUCUCAGAUUCUCAGGCAGACGCGAUAACUUUUAAUGAGACUGAGAAUAUUCUCCUGUGUUAUCCUUCACAUCCAGACUCUUGUCCUAGAGCUCAUCGUCUCACUGUUGUUAAAGUGGCAAUGUACGCUUUCAUGUUACUCAUGAUUUUCACAACAGUGUUUGGAAAUCUGCUGAUCAUCAUCUCCAUCUCUCACUUCAAACAGCUUCAGUCUCCAACUCAUCUGAUCGUUUGUUCUCUGGCCGCUAGCGACUGUCUGCUGGGUUUACUGGUGAUGCCCUACAGUAUGGUGCGAGCUGUCGAGGGCUGCUGGUUUUUGGGAGAUGUUUUUUGUAAAGUUCAUUCUAGUUUGGACAUGACCUUCUGUAUCUCUUCUUUAAUACAUCUUAGUUUAAUAUCUAUUGAUAGAUACUGGGCCAUUUGUGACCCUCUGAGGUACAAAAUGAGGAUCACAAACAACACUGUGACUGUAUUAAUCCUCUUUACGUGGCUCUUUUCAUGUCUGUACAGUUUUAGCAUUGUGUUUUCAGGGGUAAACAAAGUUGGAUUGGAAACACUCAUUAUGCAGGCUUACUGCGUGGGAAGUUGUGUUCUGUUUUUUAACAGACAGUGGGGUCUUAUUUGUCCCAUUCUUACAUUCUUUCUUCCUGGGACUAUUAUGAGCUGUCUGUAUAUCAAGAUUUUUCAUGUGGCAAGAAAACACGCAAGAGUUAUGUCAGAAAGAGUGACUGGAGAGUUAAAGAGUCAAAGCUCUGCACAGAGAGAAAGAAAAGCAGCUAAAACUUUGGCCAUUGUCAUGGGUGUAUUUUUGCUUUGUUGGUUGCCUUUUUUCACUGUUACUGUUAUUGACCCUUUUUUAAAUUUUGUGACCCCAGCUGAUGUUUUUGAAGUUUUAGUUUGGUUUGCAUAUCUUAACGCUACUUGUAAUCCUUUGAUCUAUGGAUUUUUCUAUCCACGUUUUCAAAAGGCCUUUACAACUCUCAUAUCCACUUAUAUCUGUGGCUUCAAGAAGUCAAUAAGUUUGGCAUUUGAAUAA